AUGGCCACAUCCCAACCAUCCACCAUGAAAUCCUGGCUGUAUUCCAGCACGACAAAUGGCCUCGAGAAGAAUCUCCACCUCGACGAGUCCGCGCGCACCCCACCCAGCCCGCGCGCAGAGGAAGUGCUGAUCGAGGUGCUGAGCGCCUCGCUGAACCCAGCCGACUUCAAAGUCCCUGAGAUGGGGAUCGUCGCGCGCACGGUGAUCGGGAUGCCUGCCGCCCCGGGCAUGGACUUCUGCGGGCGAGUAGCAGCCACGGGAACGAGGGUGCGCGACCUGGCACCGGGGCAGCUCGUCUUCGGGAGUCUGGAUCGCCCGUCGCAGUUCGGGUCUCUGGGCCAGUACCUGAUCCAUCCGGCUCGAAUGUUGGCGCGCGUGCCGGACGGCGUGGCGGUUGACGACGCGGCCGCGGUCGGUAUCGCCGGCCAGACGGCGUACCAGUCGCUGGCUGGGUAUGUGAGCGCGAACGACAAGGUGUUUAUCAACGCUGGUUCCGGUGGCUGUGGUGUCUUUGCGAUCCAGAUUGCCAAGGUCAUGGGAUGCCAUGUCACGACGACGUGCUCGACGCGCAACGUCGAGCUGUGUCGUGCGCUUGGUGCGGACGAGGUUAUCGACUACACGGCCGAAGAAGAUCUUGUCGCUACUCUACGCAACCGUGGCACUGUAUUUGACCAUAUCCUCGACCAUAUCGGGGCCCCUGCAGCCUUGUAUCGUGAGUCGCACCAUUUCCUGCGGCCUGGGGGUGCGUUCGUGCAGGUUGGCGCGUCCUCGUUUAUGACGUUUGCCGAGAGGCUGGUUCGGCCUGGGAUCUUGGGCGGCGGGAAGAGGAAAUAUGUCAUAUUUUUUUACCGCAAUACUCGCGAGGAUCUCGUCCAGCUGGGGGAAUGGCUUCAAUCGGGUGCCGUCAAGGUGCAGGUCGACACGGCCUAUGAGUUUGAAGAUGCGGUGCAGGCGUUUGAGAAGCUUCGUUCGGGACGGACCCGGGGGAAGAUCGUGGUGCAUGUGGCGAAGCAGUGA